AUGGGCAACUGGAGUGCCUUAGCCAAGCUUCUAAAAAAGGUUCAGCCCUACGCCCCGACUGAAGGAAAGGUAUGGCUCAGGGUCCUUUUCAUCUUCCGCAUCCUGCUCCUGGGGACCGCCGUUGAGUCAGCCUGGAGUGAUGAGCAGCUGAAGUUCCGUUGCAACACUCGGCAGCCUGGCUGUGAAAACAUCUGCUACGACCAAGCUUUCCCCAUCUCUCACGUGCGCCUCUGGGUCCUCCAGAUCAUCUUCGUGUCUGUGCCCACACUCUUAUACCUGGCACACAUGUUCUAUGAGACCCGGCAGAACCAGAACCUGAAGAAGCUAGAGAAGGAGCUUGGAGUUGUUCAUGUUAAUGGUGCCUACGUGGAAGCACACUUAGAGCAAACUGAAGAGAAGAAGUUCGAGAGUGGCAGUGAAGAACACGCUAAGAUGGGAAGGAAAGGCCGGUUGCUGCUAACCUACAUGCUCAGUAUCGUCUUCAAGUCUGUCUUUGAGGUGGCCUUCAUACUGAUCCAGUGGUACAUUUAUGGAUUUACCCUGAGGGCAGUUUACAUUUGUGAGCAAGCUCCUUGCCCACAUCAGGUGGACUGCUUCGUCUCUCGCCCCACAGAAAAAACCAUCUUCAUCCUCUUCAUGCUGGUGGUGUCCCUGGUGUCUUUGGCCUUGAAUAUCCUUGAGCUGUCCUAUGUCCUAUAUAAGGUCAUUAAGAAUUAUGUGAGAAAGGAGGAUGAGGUUUACUAUGGUAUGGCUGAUCUCCAGAGCCUUUCCCAUGCCUCCCCAUCAAAUGUUCUCACUACUGCGUUUUCUGAGGAUCAGGUGGUUCUUGAGGAACAUUAUCGGUUAUGGUGUGUAACAGAGUCAGGUGGGGGAAGGCAGGCAGACAGUGUCUUUUCUGGCCUGCACUCAGCCUUUUCUUCACCCUGA